AUUAUUUAACUGAUUAAUAUAAUGGAUAUAAGAUAUUAAGUGUGUUAAUAAUACAAUUUUCAAAAUGGGUGAUAAAGAGGAUGUCGACACAAGACUUGAAUUCAUGAGUGAAUAUAUUAUGAAAUCUUUAAAGAUAAAGCUUGACAAAUGGCAAAAGUUUAUAACUGGAGACGAAAGGCAUAUCCUUUUCAGAUUUUUUGACAUGCCUAAGUAUGAUAUAAUUGUAUUUCGAAUGAAUACCGCAGGCCAGCUAACAUGCGCUACUUAUUUCCCGCCAGUUAGCAGAGGAAAGAUGGUGUAUUUCUUGAGAAAUAUCAAUGAUAAAGUAACACAAACUAAUUUGCGUCAGGUAUUAACAAUUGGCGAAAUGUCGGGCAACGUGCUCAUGGACCUUAGUGUAAUGGCUGAUGAAGUGAUCGGUCCUAUGCUGUGUAACCCUGAAAACCAGAAAGGUUGGCCGAAGGUAGUGCAGCAGGACAUGCGGCGACACGUAAACGAUCUAAGAAGUUUGAUGCAUCAGCUAAAAGGAGAGAUGUCGAGUCAGGUCAUGUUGCCGAUGCCUGCUGGCGUAGAGAACAUUUACUAUGCAGAAACAAGGAUAAAGGAAAGUGACGGCGAAGAUGUCGAUUUGGCUCUAAAGACAAACAUUGAAGGUGCAGUUAUUAAAUGGGCGCAGCAAGUCCACGAUCUGCUCCAAGAAGAUUCUUAUCUUGUGUUCAAAAAAACUAAGUUUCCGUUGCCAAGUGCCGACAUAGACUUCUAUACGCAGCGGCUGCGCAACCUUGAAGGAAUCUACUCGCAGCUGCGUGACCCGCGCGUCAAGCGCAUGGCCCAUUACCUGGAAGAAACCAAGAGCGUCUACUUAAAUUGCUUCAAGAGCAUGCUCACCAACAUUGUCGCUGCUAUAGUGGAAUGUCGAGAUAUCUACGUGUACCAGAAGCCCCUGAUCCCUCACUUCGAAGCGAUAGAGGGCACGGAUUUCCUCGACUCGAAGCCGCUCAUCCGACCGAUGUUCCACUGCAUCGGACUGCUUUGGGGCAGCUCUCGGUAUUACUGCAGCGUUGAAAAGCUCAUACCAUUGUUGCGAGAAGUAUGCAAUCUCCUCGUGCAGCAGUGCACAAAUUCCAUAGAUCCGCCAUCGAUAUUCCAAGGCGAGCCAGACGAGCAGUUGAUGAAAUUAAAGAAAGCAGUUGACGUAUUAAAUCAUUUUAUUGAAACAUAUUCAAUGAACCGGGACAAAGUGAACACGUUUUUCCCGCCGGGCGUGUUGCCGGUGCGCUGGUCCUUCGACUUUGACCGCGUCUUCAUGCGCUUCAAUGAGUACAUGAAGCGGCUCAAUAUGAUCGCGGAGAUAUUGGAGGCUACAGUCGAGAUUUUCAAGUUGGAAAAAGUAGAGUUCUGCGGCCUACGUGGAAAGAUUUUGAGCAGUGAAUGUAUGGAGGUCCUAGAGGAAUACACCAUAAAGUAUCAGUCAUUGGGCAACAUAACCUACGACCCCGCGGACCCGGAAGAUCCCUCCUUCAUCAAGGACCACAAGAAACACAUGGUGGUGUUAGAAGAUGUUGACAAGAAGCUAGCUUCGCUCUUUUCACAAGGCUUAGACGAGUGCGAGAAUCUGCAACAUUUCUUUAAAUUUUUUCAAAUCAUUGGUGAUCUAUUUCAUCGUCCCGUUAUAAAAGAGGAAUUGAAACCUAAGCUUUCUAAGCUUUUGGAUUUAAUGCAUUCUAAUUUGGACGACGUAAAAGAAAUAUUUGAUGAAGAAAUGGGGAGAUUGACGAAAGGACCACAAAGACCUAUGGUGGACCCAUUUUUCCCACCGGUCAGUGGUAUGAUAUGGUGGAUACACAAAUUACGAAAAAGACUUCAAGAUCCGAUGGAGGAUUUUAUAUUGUUUGAAGAUCCGAUAAUAACGAGCGAGUACGCGACGUAUAUGAAGCAAAAGCAGAAUGAGAUGCUGGGCUACCUGAACGUGCAGGAGGAUCGACAGUUCAAGCAAUGGUGCGCCACAGUGCCCGGCAUCUGCAAGGUGCAUCUCGUUAAGAACCUUAUCUACCGCGAUCCACCAUUCGUUCGAAACAAUUUUAGUCCAGAGUUAGUUCUCUUACUCCGUGAGAUACGGUAUUUUAAAUAUUUGGAUAAACAAGGGAUACCGGCUGAGGGUCUGGAAUUAUACGACCGGAAUGAAAAGUUGCAGUACGACAUGAACCGACUGAACCGCGCUAUUGCCUGGUACAACGCGAUCCGCGAGGGCAGCCACGAGACCGAGGUAGCGCUAAUUGAGAAGGAGAUCUACGCCAUCGACCAGCUGCUCGGCCGCGGCGUCGAGGAGUUCACUUGGAACGAUGACUUCACAGAGUGGAUGGCGGAGGUGUACAGCGCCAUCAACACGCUACAAGAACGUGUUUUGACCGCGCAACGUAACGUGAAGCGUGGCUUGGACAACAUCGCGGCGUGGGCGGACAAGCCGCUGCACGGGCGCAAAGAGAACCCAGAGAAACUCGAACUGUUGGCCGUCAAAGAACGCCAUCCUAGACUCGUGCAGCGACGGAACAAGAUCCUUGACAGUCACGCUGAGUUUGUAAAGAUUUUGAGCGAUAAUUACAAAUUAUUUUUCAACAUCCAAGAAGAAGAAGAGUUGGAAUCAGAAGAAGAAGAAUUAGAAGAAGUCGAUGAAGCAAUUCUAGAUGACGAUGAAAAAGCGGCUCGACAAAAGAAAAUAGAAGAGAUAAUGGCAAGGCGAGAAGAAAGGCACAUGAUUAGGGAAGAGAGAAGACGAGAGAAAGAGGAGAUAGAAAGAGUGAAGUUCGAAAGGAGAGAGGCAAGAAGACUAAAGCGAGAAGAGAAGCAGAAUGCGAAAUUGGAACGUCAAAGGCAAAGAGAAGCAGGAGAAGAAGUGGAGUCUCCGGCGGAAGAAGAAGAGGAAGUAGAUCCAGAAGAAUUAGCGGAUAUUGAAGCUGAAAGGAUUGAGAUGGAGGAGGAGGCAUUCAGAGCAGAACGCUGGCCAGCUUAUGUCAAAUAUAUCGACGGACUUGUCUCUAUGCAAGUAAUGAAAGCAAUACAGACGAGUCUGAAUCUUUUCGAAAAGCAGACCGAUUUGGAAAAGGGUCCGCGAGUCGCCUUCAUGCAAGUUGUUGCUGAGCUCAAAGAUCCAGACAUAGUUUUCACACCAUCUCUGGAGCUUCAAGACAAUUAUGGUCUUUACGACACUCUGAAUGAAAUGAUGAAAGAUAUGUUCUUGCAAGCCACGCUGUUUCCACGUAUCGAUCCCAUUGUUCCUAUUCCUUCCUAUGAAGAUGACAUAGCAAAUGAAGACGCAAUGAUAGAUCUUUACCAUGAAUUGUUGAAGAGAAUAGAAAACAGCAUAAAUGACGUCUUACAAUAUGCCUCGAAAUAUGAGAAGUAUACCCCACUGUGGAUGGAGGACAGGCAGGAGGUGUUGAACAACUUUUUGAUGUACGGCAGAGUGAUUCCGCCGGAGGAAUUCGAUAAGUAUCGCUUCGAAAACGGAGAGGAUCCACCAAUUGUGAAACCCACACUCGCAGAAUACCAAAAAGAGAUCGAUAAAUACAAUGCGUUAUACGACGAAAUGGCAGCUUUGCCAUCUGAAUACCUAUGCAAUGGCUGGCUUAAACUGGAUUUAAAGCGGCUGAACCAGGCCAUAAUGAACAUCAUCUGUAAAUGGAGUAAUCUUUUCAAGCAGAAUCUUAAGGAUCACGUACAUACUAGCUUGGACGACCUGGAGAAAUUCAUAGAGUAUGCGACGAAAGAGCUGUCUGUAGAGCUCGGUGAGGACGACUACGAGGGCUUGCUGCGGGUAAUGCAAGUGCUGAACGAGGUCAAGGCUAAGCAAGACACCGGCACAGAGUUCAUGUUCGAACCUCUCAGAGAUAUCAUAUACCUGCUCAAAGAGUACGGCGUAGAGUUCCCGGAGGAGACAUACGAACAGCUGGACGUGUUGCCGGAGAGGUGGCGAAACCUGGUGAAGCUGAGCACGGUGAUGAAGAACAACGUUGCCCCGCUGCAGGCUGCGCAGGCGGCGCUCAUUGCCAAGCGAGUCGCACUACUUAAUCUGCGUAUCACUAUGUAUCGCGAUCAAUUCUCACGUAAAGAGAUGUUCCUGGAGUCAUGUAAGGAUCCUUACAAGGAGAUCGACAGUGUGCAUAAGGAACUGUCAGGUUUUGAGGAUAUGAUGCAAGGUCUGAGGACCUCUUGCUCGUUGUUUGACAUACAACCUCCAGAUGAGAAGAGCCUCAAGCAGUGCCGGCGGGAGUUGAAACUUGUGAAGCAACUUUGGGACUACUACUUCCUCGUUAUGGGAACUAUUGAGUUUUGGAAAAAAUCGCCGUGGAAAAAGAUCGAUGCCGAUGGUAUGGACCAGGAGUGUAAACGUUUCUCGAAGGAUCUCCGCCAGUUAGACAAGGAUAUGAGAACAUGGGAGCCAUAUCUGGCUAUAGAAUCAACGAUCAAGAACUUGAUGACAUCUUUGCGAGCGGUCACAGAACUUCAAAACCCUGCCAUUAAAGAUAGGCACUGGAUCGAGUUGAUGAUGGCCACCAAGGUGAAAUUCCAUAUCGACGAUGACACAACGCUAGCGGAUCUGCUUGCACUGAACCUACACAAGUUUGAAGAAGAAGUUAAGACGAUUGUGGAUAAGUCAGUGAAGGAAGCUGCUAUGGAGAAAACACUUAAGGAGUUGGACGCCACCUGGGCUAUGAUGGAAUUCGACUACACAAUACACGACCGCACCGGACUCCGUCUGCCUAAGGCUAGCGAGGAACUCGUCGAAACAUUGGAAGAUAAUCAAAACCAAGUUCAAAAUAUGAUGUCGUCGAAGUUCAUUGGGUAUUACGAAGAGGAAGCAUCGCAGUGGCAGAAAAAGCUGGGCACUGCAGACGCUGUGAUCGCGCUCUGGUUCGAAGUGCAGCGCAAGUGGCAAUACCUGGAGAGCAUCUUCGUAGGCUCCGAUGAUAUCCGCGCACAGCUGCCCGAAGACUCGAAGCGAUUCGAUGGCAUAGAUAAAACUUUCAAGGAAUUGUUAAAAGAUAUAGGGACUACACCGAACGUAGUUGAAGCUACUAACAAGCCUGGUUUGCUGGAUAAACUAGAAGACCUGAUGAAACAACUCAACCUUUGCGAGAAAGCUCUCAACGAUUACCUUGAAACCAAAAGAUUGGCUUACCCGAGGUUUUACUUCGUGUCUUCCGCCGAUCUUCUCGACAUUCUGUCGAACGGCAAUAACCCACCAGCAGUGUGCCGCCACCUUACCAAGCUGUACGAUAACCUUGCCAAGCUGGUGUUCCCCUCGGCCACCAGUAAGUUGGCCUACGAAAUGAUCUCCAAAGAGAACGAGGAACAUGUGCCAUUCAAAGCACCCUGCUGUGAUUGUUCAGGAAAGGUGGAAAUAUGGCUGAAUCGCGUAACUGAUUGCAUGCGAUUGACACUGCGAGAGAUAUUUGAGCACAGUGUGAAAUCUUACGAGGAAAAGCCCCGAGACGAGUGGGUGUUUGACUGGCCCGCGCAACCCGCGCUAGUGGGCACGCAGAUCUGGUGGACCACGGAGACUAACCAGGCAUUUGAGAAAUUAGAGGAAGGUUACGAGAAUGCACUAAAAGAUUAUCAGAAGAAACAAAUUGCUCAGCUGAAUGCCCUUAUUGUCUUACUAUUGGGCGAUUUGACUGUUGGAGACCGACAGAAGAUAAUGACUAUUUGUACCAUCGACGUACAUUCAAGAGACGUAGUCGCUAAACUGAUUGCGACCAAAGUAGAGAACUCUAAUGCUUUUCAAUGGCAAAGUCAGCUGAGACACCGCUGGGACCUCAAUUUGAACAACUGCUUUGCCAACAUCUGUGACGCGCAAUUCCUGUACGACUACGAGUAUCUUGGGAACACGCCACGUCUCGUCAUCACACCUCUCACAGAUCGCUGCUACAUCACACUGACACAGAGUCUCCACUUAAUAAUGGGUGGCGCGCCCGCGGGUCCCGCCGGCACAGGAAAAACGGAGACCACUAAGGAUCUUGGCCGCGCACUCGGCAUCAUGGUCUACGUGUUCAACUGCUCUGAACAAAUGGAUUAUAAAUCUUGUGGAAAUAUUUACAAAGGUCUUGCUCAAACUGGUGCGUGGGGCUGCUUCGACGAGUUCAACCGCAUCUCAGUGGAAGUGCUGUCCGUGGUAUCGGUGCAAGUGAAGUCCGUACUGGACGCCAUUAAAGCCAAGAAAAAGAAAUUUGAUUUUAUGGGCGAAAUUAUAUCUCUGAUCCCCACUAUUGGCAUGUUCAUCACAAUGAACCCCGGGUACGCGGGCAGAACGGAGUUGCCUGAGAAUUUAAAGGCACUGUUCCGUCCAUGCGCCAUGGUAGUGCCUGACUUCGAGCUGAUCUGCGAGAUCAUGUUGGUGGCGGAGGGCUUCCAAGAGGCGCGGCUACUGGCGCGCAAGUUUAUCACGCUGUACACUUUGUGUCGCGAGCUCCUCUCCAAACAAGAUCACUACGAUUGGGGUUUAAGGGCUAUCAAAUCCGUGCUUGUCGUAGCCGGAUCAUUAAAGAGAGGAGAUCGUUUAAGACCAGAAGACCAAGUGCUAAUGCGUGCUUUGCGUGAUUUUAACAUUCCAAAGAUCGUAACUGACGAUAUGCCGGUGUUUAUGGGACUUAUUGGAGAUCUGUUUCCGGCACUGGACGUGCCUCGAAAACGAGAUUUUGACUUUGAGAAAAACUUGUAUGACGGCGCAGUAUCCAUGAGGUUGCAACCUGAACCAGGGUUCAUAUUGAAGAUGGUGCAAUUGGUGGAACUCUUUGCAGUGCGUCACUCUGUGUUUAUUGUCGGCUUUGCGGGUACCGGAAAAUCGAUGGUUUGGCAGUGUCUGCAUAAGACGUACCACAUGCUGAAGUUGAAACCGUAUUACAACGAUUUGGACCCCAAGGCGGUCACCAACGACGAAUUGUUCGGAGUCAUCAAUCCGGCUACGAGAGAAUGGAAAGACGGUCUUUUCUCGACCAUAAUGCGUGACAUGGCGAAUAUGCCAGGCGAUGGACCUAAGUGGAUUGUUCUCGAUGGCGACAUUGAUCCUAUGUGGAUUGAGAGUCUUAACACACUUAUGGAUGAUAAUAAGGUGUUGACGCUGGCGAGUAACGAAAGAAUUGCUCUAACGAAGUCGAUGCGACUGCUGUUCGAGAUUGCAUCACUGCGCACCGCCACCCCCGCCACUGUGUCUCGUGCCGGCAUACUGUAUAUUAACCCACAGGAUCUCGGCUGGAAUCCGUUUGUAGCAUCAUGGAUAGAGACGACGCGUGACGACGAAUCGGAGAAGGCGAUGUUGACAGUAAUGUUUGACAAAUACAUACCUCCGCUGUUAGAGACGAGCAAGAAGUACAAGCGCAUCACGCCGCUAACAGAUCUUCAGCAGAUACAGCUCACUUGUUACUUGCUCGAAUGCUUUCUCAACAAGUCACUGCUGCCCAGCGACUGUCCCAAGGAAUGGUACGAAACAUACUUUGUUUUCUGUGUGGUAUGGGGUUUUGGCUCUGGACUAUUCCAAGAUCAGCUCGUGGAUUGGCGCAACGAGUUUAGCAAGUGGUUCUCCAAUGAAUUCAAACAGAUUAAGUUUCCACCGUCAGGAAACGUGUUCAGCUUCUUUAUUGAUCCGGAGACAAAGAAGUUCCUACCCUGGUCGGAGAAGGUAGAAAGUUUUGAGUUGGAUCCCGACUUGCCACUACAGUCGUGCCUCGUGUCGACCUCGGAGACGACCCGUAUUAGAUUCUUCAUGGACUUGCUGAUCGCUAAGCAGAAACCGGUAAUGCUGGUGGGCGCUGCGGGCAGUGGCAAGACGGUCAGUGUCGCUGCCAAGCUCAACGCACUGCCCGACUCCUACGCCCUCACCAGUGUACCGCUCAAUUUCUAUACAACGUCCGAAAUGAUCCAGAAAGUUCUUGAAAAACCAUUGGAGAAAAAAUCGGGUCGCAACUUUGGUCCACCCGGUAGCAAGUUCAUGAUCUAUUUUGUGGAUGACAUGAACAUGCCUGAAGUGGACCUGUACGGCACCGUGCAACCUCACACGCUCAUCCGCGAGUUUAUGGACUACAAGCAUUGGUACGAUAGACAGAAGUUGACAUUGAAAGAAAUAUCGAAUUGCAUGUUCGUAUCGUGUAUGAACCCGACGGCCGGCUCCUUCACUAUUGAUCCGCGCUUGCAAAGGCACUUCUGCACUUUCGCUGUCAGUUUCCCAGCGCUGGACGCAUGCUUCCACAUCUAUAAGCAGAUCCUGUCGCAACACCUCGCCAACCCACUGAACAAGUUCAGUCCGUCAAUUCAGCGCUUUGUCGACACCAUCGUCAACACCGCGCUCGCCCUCCACACCAAGCUCGCCGCCAACUUCCUACCCACCGCAGUCAAGUUCCACUACAUCUUUAAUCUACGGGACCUCUCAAAUAUAUUCCAAGGCAUUCUGUUUACAACCGGUGACGUGAUAAAACAAUCGUCGGAGAUGAUCCGGCUGUGGAUGCACGAGGCCACACGCGUCUACUCGGAUAAACUCGUCGACUCGGAGGACAAUGACACAUUCAACAAACUUAUCGCGGAAACUAUCAAGAAGAAUUGCGAGGAUUUCGAUGAAAAUUUAGUGUUUGAAAAGCCUCUCAUCUACUGUCACUUCGCGGAGGGUAUCGGAGACCCCAAAUACAACCCUAUUCGUGAAUGGGCGCAGAUCAAACGCCUACUGGAGGAGUCUCUUUCCUCAUACAACGACCUUGUCGCCUCUAUGAACCUUGUGCUCUUUGAAGAUGCCAUGUACCAUAUCUGCCGUAUAAAUCGUAUCUUGGAAUCACCGCGUGGCAAUGCAUUGCUGAUCGGCGUGGGUGGGUCUGGAAAGCAGUCGCUGUCGCGGCUCUCCGCCUUCAUAUCCUCCCUCGAGGUGUUCCAGAUCCAGCUGCGCAAGGGUUACAGCAGUAACGACCUUAAGGUCGAUCUCGCCGGGCUGUACAUUAAAGCGGGCUUGAAGAACAUAGGCAACGUUUUCCUGAUGACGGACGCCCAGGUUGCCGAGGAGAGGUUCCUCGUGCUCAUCAACGACUUGCUCGCCUCCGGGGAGAUCCCUGAACUGCUUGCCGACGAUGAAAUUGAGAAUGUUAUUAAUGGAGUACGGGGAGAGACAAAGGCCACGGGGGUUCCGGACACGCGAGAAAACUGUUGGAAGUUUUUCAUAAAUCGCGUACGCACUAUGUUGAAGGUAGUCCUUUGCUUUUCUCCCGUGGGUGCGACGUUGCGCAUACGCGCCCGCAAGUUUCCCUCGAUCGUGAACUGCACGGCCAUUAACUGGUUCCACGAGUGGCCGCAGGACGCGCUGCGCUCCGUGUCCAAGAGAUUCAUCUCUGAAGUACGCUCGCUACCGGCGAAGCUCGUGGAGCCGGUGGCAGUGUUCAUGUCGCACGUGCACCAAAGCGUAAACAGGAUGUCGGCGGUGUACUUCCAGAACGAGCGUCGGUACAACUACACCACGCCCAAGACUUUCCUGGAGCAGAUCGCACUCUACGGCAAGCUGCUCAACACCAAAACUGAUGAGCUGCUCAUGAUGAUUGAGAGGCUUGAGAAUGGAUUGGACAAACUUGCCUCGUGUGCUGCUGAUGUUGCCGUUUUGAAGGUGACAUUAGCGGAACAAGAACAAAUAUUGAAGGUUAAAAAUAGAGCCGCCGAAGAAUUGAUUGAAGUGGUCGGUGCCGAGAGUGAGAAAGUGUCAAAGGAAAAAGCUUUCGCCGCUGAGGAAGAAAAAAAGGUGAAAGUGAUUGAAGAGGACGUCACAAUAAAGGCAAAGAUAUGCGCGGACGAUUUAGCCAAAGCUGAGCCAGCGUUGAUUGCAGCGCAAGAGGCGCUCAACACUUUGAACAAGAACAACCUCACUGAAUUAAAGUCUUUUGGCUCACCGCCUGAUGCUGUGGUCAACGUUACCGCAGCCGUGCUGGUACUCUUCUCUAAGAAAGGAAAACUGCCUAAGGACAGGUCGUGGAAAGCUUGCAAACUUAUGAUGGCAAAAGUAGAUCAGUUUUUAAAUGAUCUCGUCUAUUACGAUAAAGAAAACAUACAUCCAGACGUGGUUAAGGCGGUGCAGCCGUACAUAAAGAACCCGGAGUUCAACCCGGAGUUUAUAAUGUCCAAGUCGGCGGCCGCCGCUGGUCUGUGCGCUUGGGUUAUCAACAUUAUCAAGUUCUACGACGUGUACGUGGUGGUGGAGCCCAAGCGGCGCGCGCUCAACGCUGCCAACGCAGAGCUGCAGGCUGCACGCGACAAGCUCGCCUUCCUCACUGACAAAAUAAAGGAAUUAGAGGAACAGCUCGAGGGGCUGUUGAAGGCUUUCCAAGAGGCCGUCAACGAGAAAACGAAAUGUCAAGCGGAAGCUGAUGCAACAAAUAUGACGAUAGAUUUGGCCAAUCGUCUCGUGAAUGGAUUAGCUUCCGAGAAGAUUCGAUGGUCAGCGACGGUUGUAAAUCUGAAAGAGUCUGGCGUGCUGUUGCCGGGCGACGUGUUGCUGGUGACUGCGUUCAUAUCGUACGUGGGCUGCUUCACGCGCAAGUACCGCCAGCAACUGCUAAAUGACGAUUGGGUCCCCACGCUCGCCAGAUCCGAUCCGAAGAUUGAGAUGACGGAAGGUCUGGAGCCGCUCUCGAUGUUAACAGACGACGCGCAAGUGGCUUGUUGGAACAACGAGGGCCUGCCCACCGACACCAUGAGCACGGAGAACGCCACCAUAUUGUCCAACUCCGCGCGCUGGCCGCUAAUGAUAGACCCACAGCUACAAGGAAUUAAAUGGAUCAAAUCGAAGUACGGCGACAGUUUGGUGGUGAUUCGUCUGACGCAGCGCAACUACUUGGACCGCAUCGAGCGCGCCGUCAGCAACGGCGACGUGGUGUUGCUCGAGAACAUCGGCGAGACCGUUGAUGCAGUGCUCGAGCCGCUGCUCGGCCGCGUGCUUAUACGCAAGGGACGAGUGCUCAAGAUUGGUGAUAGAGAAAUAGACUAUGAUCCGAGGUUCCGACUUCUCAUACAAACAAAAUUAGCGAACCCGCACUACCAGCCCGAAAUGCAAGCGCAAUGUACUCUUAUUAAUUUUACUGUAACAAGGGAUGGUUUAGAAGAACAGCUGCUAGGUGAAGUAGUAAAAGCCGAAAGACCGGAUUUGGAAAGUUUGCGCGCCGGUCUCACCAAACAGCAGAAUGACUUCAAGAUUACUCUCAAGUCGCUGGAAGAUGAUCUGCUGAAACGAUUGUCUUCCGCCGGACCUGACAUUUUGAGCGACUCCGCACUCGUCAUCAAUCUGGAGACCACGAAGAAGACCGCGGCGGAUAUUGAGAUAAAGGUGGAAGAGGGAAAAGUCACGGCCGUUAAGAUUGACGAAGCUAGAGAGAGAUACAGACGAGCAGCAACCCGCGCCUCCCUCCUGUACUUCAUCCUGAACGAGUUGUACAAGAUCAACCCGAUGUACCAAUUCUCACUGAAGGCAUACAGUGUGGUGUUCAAGGACGCGCUGGCGAAGGCCACGCCCUCCGAGGAGCUAGAGUCGCGAGUGGUCAACCUGCUCGACAGCAUCACCUUUGCAGUGUUCGUGUAUACCAGCAGGGGACUUUUCGAGAAGGAUAAGCUUAUCUUCUUGUUUCUUAUCACACUGCAGAUUUUGCAAUGUGAUGGGAAAGUGGACCCUAGAGAGUUAGACUUUUUGCUUAAGUACGCGGUGGCACCGGAGCCAUCACCGUAUACGUGGUUGUCCAACAACUCGUGGGGUGGCAUCAUCGCUCUUGCCAAAACCGACGCGUUUGAGAAUCUCGACAAAGAUAUCGAAGGCGCUGCUAAAAGAUGGCAGAAGUACACGGACGGCGAGGCACCCGAGAGGGACAAGUUGCCGGGCGAGUGGAAGAACAAGACAUCUCUCCAGCGACUGUGCAUCAUGCGCGCCCUGCGCCCCGACCGCAUGUCCUACGCCUGCGGCGCGUUCUGUGAAGAAAAUCUCGGCACGAAGUACGUUGAGGCUCGUACUCCGCCGCUCGAAAAAUCUUACGAAGAGAGUACGUCUACCACCGCCAUGUUCUUCAUUCUGUCCCCUGGAGUGGAUCCGUUGAAGGAUCUAGAAAAGCUGGGCAAAAAGAUAGGUUUCUCGACUGAUAAGAAGACUUUCCACAUAGUGUCGCUCGGCCAGGGUCAAGAGGUGGUGGCAGAGGAGGCCAUGGGCGUGGCGUCCUCCGUUGGCCACUGGGUCAUCCUGCAGAACAUCCAUCUCGUUGCUAAAUGGCUCGCGACAUUAGAAAAGAAAAUGGAAGAGACCUUUGAAAAUCCAAGGGAAGAAUACAGACUAUUCCUUAGCGCCGAGCCGGCAGCUGACCCAGCAUACCACAUCAUUCCACAAGGCAUCUUGGAAUCCUCCAUUAAAAUCACCAACGAACCGCCCAUCGGCAUGUGGGCCAAUCUGCAUAAAGCUCUGGAUAACUUCAGUCAGGAAACCCUCGAGAUGUGCAGCAAGGAAGCCGAAUUCAAAUCUGUACUUUUUGCACUAUGCUACUUCCACGCAGUAGUCGCAGAGAGAAGAAAGUUCGGUCCACAAGGAUGGAAUAGAGUUUAUCCGUUCAACUUCGGCGACCUGACGAUCUGCGUGUAUGUGUUAUUCAACUACCUGGAGGCGAACCCGCGCGUGCCCUGGGAGGACCUGCGCUACCUGUUCGGGGAGAUCAUGUAUGGCGGACACAUCACCGACGACUGGGACCGCCGCCUCUGCCGCACCUUUCUCAUCGAGUACAUGCAGCCCGAGCUGGUGGACGGUGAAGCACAACUGGCCCCAGGGUUCAUCUCACCGCCGAACUCCGACUACGUGGGUUACCACCAGUACAUCGAUGACUACCUUCCCGACGAGACGCCCUACCUGUACGGCCUUCACCCCAACGCAGAAAUCGGGUACCUAACCACAGUGUCGGAGAGACUGUUCAAGGUUGUUUUCGAGAUGCAACCUAGAGACGCCGGCGCCCAGGCUGGCGGUGGCGCUACUAAGGAAGAAAUGGUGCGUAUUUUACUGGACGACAUAAUGGAUAGAAUCCCAGAGCCCUUCAACCUGCAAGAGUUGAUGGCAAAAGUUGAGGAGCUGACGCCGUUUACCAUUGUCGCCCUGCAAGAGUGCGAGCGGAUGAACCGGCUCAUGGGAGAGAUUCGACGCUCACUUAAAGAACUGGAACUAGGUCUCAAGGGCGAGCUGACGAUCAGCAGUGACAUGGAGAACCUGAUGGAGUCGCUGUUCAUGGACAAAGUGCCGGACUCGUGGACUAAGCUCGCGUACCCCAGCCUGCUCGGCCUCGCCGCCUGGUUCUCCGACCUCUGUCUGCGCCUCACCGAGCUCGAGAACUGGUCCGGGGACUUUAAUCUGCCGCCGGCGGUGUGGCUGGCGGGUUUCUUCAACCCUCAGUCAUUCCUCACGGCCAUCAUGCAGCAGACGGCGCGCAAGAACGAGUGGCCGCUCGACAAGAUGUGCCUCAACUGUGAUGUCACCAAGAGGAACAGGCAGGACUUCAAUGCGCCGCCACGCGAGGGUGCCAACAUCCACGGAUUGUUCAUGGAGGGCGCGCGAUGGGACACAAUGACGGGCGGCAUCGUGGAGUCGCGCAUGAUGGAGCUGUUCCCGCUCAUGCCUGUCAUCUACGUGCGCGCUGUCACACAGGACAAGCAGGACACACGCAACGUUUACGAAUGCCCAGUAUACAAAAUUCGCAUGCGAGGACCAACGUUCGUGUGGACCUUCAACUUGAAGACUAAAGACAAGCCGACGCGCUGGACACUAGCCGGCGUUGCGCUGCUGCUUGGCGUAUAG